UUGUUGUCAUUACUUUAACUUCAUUUUAUUUCAAAACCACGAACAUCACGUGCUUGUUUUUACUCCAUAUCUUUAAAAAACGUCUUGUUUGAAUUAUUCAAUACUUUUUACACCGUUUGAAUUUAUUUUAGAUCAUUUUUAGAGGUAUAACAGUAGAAAAAGUCGCUCAGCAGCGCCCGACUCCAAGCGGACGGAGAGACUUUUCGAGGCUCCGUAGAGAAGCUGCAGGCAGCGACAGAGCUGGACAUGAGCUGAAGAUGGAGAGACGUUUGUCUGCUGUCUCCUGCUUCUUCGUGAGCUUCCAGCGCUGCUCCUAAACGGACUUUUGACUGUUUUUUGGAGCGGAAGAAAACACACGAGUGUCGCCGUUCCAGCCUCACGCGGGAGCCGCCGCCGCGUUGAGUCUCCACGGUUCUCAUGGUGUGUUUAAGUGCGGCGCUGCGCUCAGUCUGUUCAAAGCUCAGUCAGGAUCCCGAUCUGCGACAGCAAGCGACACAGCGAACAGAACCGAAACGAACAUGGCAGAAGUAGCUCCAGCUCCCGCCGCCGCUCCGGCCAAAGCCGCCAAGAAGAAGGCCUCCAAACCGAAGAAGGCCGGUCCCAGCGUCCAGGAGCUGAUCGUCAAAACGGUGGCCGCUUCCAAGGAGCGCAGCGGCGUGUCUACCGCCGCCCUCAAGAAGGCUCUGGCUGCCGGAGGCUACGAUGUGGACAAGAACAAAGUCCGCGUCAAGACCGCCAUCAAGAGCCUGCUGACCAAGGGCACCCUGGUCCACACGAAGGGCACUGGCGCUGCCGGCUCCUUCAAGAUGAGCAAGAGCACCGAAACCAAGAAGCCCAAGAAGGCUGCAGCCAAGAAAGCCGCUCCGAAAACCAAGAAGCCCGCCGCCAAGAAACCCGCCGCGGCCAAGAAGCCCAAGGCAGCAGCCAAGAAGCCCGCCGCGGCCAAGAAGUCUCCCAAGAAGGUCAAGAAGCCCGCAGCAGCGGCCAAGAAGGCAGCCAAAAGCCCCAAGAAAGCCACCAAGAGCCCCAAGAAGGCCACCAAGAGUCCCAAGAAAGUGGUUAAGAAGGCCCCCGCAGCCAAGAAAGCUCCUGCCAAGAAGGCAGCCAAGCCUAAAGCCAAGAAGACCGCAGCCAAGAAGAAGUAAAAACACCCGCAACAACUGUUGCUUCAACAAAGGCUCUUCUAAGAGCCACCACCUCUCACUUCACAGCUUCCUCUGUUCUCUGAACAAAACAAACUGCAGUGAUUUUUAUAUUUACAUUUAUACGUGUAUAUACAUAUGUGAA